CGCAGCUGGAUCCGAGGUGCCAGCCCCUCCGCGUUCGCGCAUGGAGGGGCGCGUGAGCCCCGUGGGCUCGUCCCGCAGCAUCCCCGCCGCGGCCGUGCUGUGCCGUGGCCCCGUGGAGCCUGUGGUCUUCCUGGCCAACUUUGCCCUGGUCCUGCAAGGCCCGCUCACCACGCAGUACCUGUGGCACCGGUUCAGCACCGAGCUGGGCUACAAUGGCACCCGCCACCGGGGGAACUGCGGGAACCAAAGCGCGGAUCCCAUCAUGAAGGAAGUGGAGACCCUGACUUCCCACUGGACCCUCUACAUGAACGUGGGCGGCUUCCUGGUGGGACUUUUCUGGUCCACCCUUCUGGGAGCCUGGAGUGACCGCGUGGGUCGCCGCCCACUGCUGGUGCUGUCCUCUCUUGGCCUGCUGCUCCAGGUCGUGGUGUCCAUCUUCGUGGUGCAGCUAGAGCUGCACGUCGGCUUCUUCGUGCUUGGCCGAGUCCUUUGUGCCCUGCUAGGAGACUUCAAUGGCCUACUGGCUGCUAGCUUUGCCUCUGUGGCAGAUGUCAGCUCUAACCACAGUCGCACCUUCCGCAUGGCUCUGCUGGAAGCAUGCAUUGGUGUGGCUGGGACUCUGGCAAGCCUUCUUGGGGGUCAUUGGCUCCGGGCCCAGGGUUAUGCCAACCCCUUCUGGCUGGCUCUGGCCCUGCUGAUCGUCGUGACGCUGUAUGCAGCAUUCUGUUUUGGUGAGACAGUGAAGGAGCCAAAGUCCACCAGGCUUUUCACGCUCCACCAUCACCGAUCCAUUGCCCGGCUGUAUGUGGUCCCAUCCCCAGAGAAAUCCAGGAAGCAUCUAGCCCUGUACUCAUUGUCCAUCUUCGUUGUGGUCACUGUGCACUUUGGGGCUCAGGACAUCCUGACGCUCUAUGAGCUGAGUACGCCCCUCUGCUGGGACUCCAAGUUGGUUGGCUAUGGCUCUGCAGCCCAGCACCUACCCUACCUCACCAGCCUGGUCGGCCUAAAACUUCUGCAGUACUGCCUGGCGGACACCUGGGUGGCUGAGAUUGGCCUGUCCUUCAACAUCCUGGGCAUGGUGGUCUUUGCAUUUGCUACCACCACACCCCUCAUGUUCACAGGCUACGGGUUGCUUUUCUUGUCAUUGGUCACUACACCUGUCAUCCGGGCCAAGCUCUCCAAGCUGGUGAGCGAGUCGGAGCAUGGUGCUCUUUUUUCUGCUGUGGCCUGUGUGAAUAGCUUGGCCAUGCUGACGGCCUCUGGCAUCUUCAACUCACUCUACCCAGCCACUCUGAACUUCAUGAAGGGCUUCCCCUUCCUCCUGGGAGCUGGCCUCCUCUUCAUCCCGGCCAUUCUGAUCGGGGUGCUGGAGAAGGUUAAUCCACGUGCUGAAUUCCAGCAGUUUCCUCACAGUUCCUGAUCUGCCAGAGGCCAUGAGGAACAGUGGACCCGCACCAGCCAGCCCUCUGAGGGCAGUACUCACUUUGGACAGGGUGCUCAAGCCAGUUAGGGGCGCCACCUGGCCUCCCACUAAGCCAGUCCCUGCGUAGGGUCUCCAGUCUAACCAGGACAGGCCCACUCAGGGCAGGCUACGGGGAGCCACUUGAGCCAGGGGUUUCUUGACCCUUUAUGCCAUUCAGCAUUCAGCAGCCUCCAGAGUGAAGGAAACGGCACUUCAGGGACCAAGUGAAGCAUGAGAACCAACCUCUCCUUCCAGCCCGUGGUUCUAGGUCCCUGAUGUGUGCAGUGGCCUCCAUUCAGCCCCAAUGAGAAGUAUGGUACCUGGGGGAGUGUUGGCCCAGAGGCAGAAGCCUCGUCUGUGGUUGGGAAUCAGCCCUUGACCCCACCACCCUUGACCCCAGCCAUGUCACUUGUCACAGUAAAUUGUUUGAGCCAGACUGAAGAGUCACGGGGCUUUGGGGCUUUCUGCCUUUCUGCUCUUGGCGUGUUUGGCACA